AUGCUCCGUGGGACUCAAUCACCCCUGGGCAGCGCUUUGAGCGCUCGUGUCAUUUCAUCCCCUCCCUCGCCAGAGGAAAGUCUGUUCAGCCCCACACAGUCAACCGCCACCGAUAUCACGGAUGACUAUGGCUGGCAGACUCCAAUCAAAGGCCAGGCAUUGUCGACGACACAAGAUACAGACAGCCUCGAGUCCUCCCAAAUCGAAGAGGAGAACGACUCCGCGGGUGACGAUGAUCGAGCUGGGCAGAUUGCAGCCUUCAAUGCUCCUUCCUCGACUAAGCCAUUGGAACGGUCGAAGAGAGCAAAGAGCUUGAGACCCCGACUCAGCAUCUCUUCUCUACGCUCAGAGGAUGCCACCAAGACAGAGUUAAGCAAGCGAAAGGAGAGUUCAACCUCUCCUGUCGAUACUCUUGCAUGGGUCUCCGACCAGGGGAAGUUCCUCGAGGGAAUAACAUGGCCGUCCAUACAGACCGGACAGAAGACACCGAAACGAUCUCGGCAUAUCCAGCCCGAGUAUUGGACAUCCGAACAGGCGAGAAACAUCAAUACGGAUUUUUCUGCAGAAGGGACAUGGAUCCUAAGACCGAGAGCAGCCAGCGAGGUUGCUGGCUCGAGGAAGUUCCAUUUAGAUCCAGUAGCAUCCUGCACGCAGGAUAAGAGUGCCGACCAACCUUCCUCCUCCAAUUCCAUCGUACCCACCAUCACCGUUUCCCCUCCGGAGGAUGGUCAGAUUGACUCAGUCCGGAUUAAAGACGACGAAGAUGACCCACGUAGCAGGAGCAGGUCAUCGGGAGAUGGCACAGUCAAAGCCGUAUUGACUCUCCUCUCGAUUCAGAAGACUUCCCCGUCUGCCAAGGCCAAAGAUACCAUUCGAAAAUCGCUUCACAAUAUUAUACCGCUUGAAAUUCGGGAGCGUUUGAGAGAGGAUGACCAACGCUGCCCAGCACAGACAGCGAAGGGCUUACGAUGCAAGAAUCGCCGCCGAGCCAAUGUCCCAAUCAUUAUGCAGUCCUUAGACAGCUUGACUACCACCAAGUCCAGUGAGGUGCUCCAACGCUUGGAAAAUCUGAUUAGUGUUGCUUUAUGUCCUUCGGCGCACCAACGUGUCGCCCGGAGAGAGCUAGAAGCCUGGGAAACAGACAUCGACAAGCUAUGCGAUAUUCAGCAAGAUCAAGGGCACGUUGCCUCGCAUACAAAUGAUCGCCUUUUAGCCCUUGCCGACUGGAUCAAUACUCUGAGCGGUGGGGAAAGUUUCUUGGAAAAAGUAGAGACAACCUCUCCACCAACAUCUCAAGAGAGCAUUCCAAGCAGUAUUCCGCAAGUGUCUACAUUGAUCCAAACGUUUAUACCCUACGUCCCCAAGGCCUCCGUACGUUUGUCCGUUUCGGAAGCCCUCGAGAAGCUUCUGGUCAGGCCCCUUAUGAAGAGCGAGAUCGAGAGGGUAGGAGGCAUAUAUGUCUACUGGCAACCAGGGAACUUCGGGCACCUCAAAAUCGGCUAUACAAAAGACGAAAUUAGCAAGCGUUUAAAGAAAUGGAGCAGCAAGUGCCGCAAGCUGAUGGAAGUGUACUUUCCAAAACAGGAGAGUGACGAGGAGCAUCUACAGGUCAGCCAUGUCUGCCGCGUGGAGAAGCUAGUGCACACAGAGUUGAAGAACUGCAGGCGGAUGGAAGUAAUGUGCCAGGAGUGUGGUGGGAAUCACAUUGAGUGGUUUGAGGUUUCACGCCAGCUUGCGAUAGCUGUGGUGCGCAAGUGGAUGGCUUGGAUGCAAACAUCUCCAUAUGAGGAGCGAUCAUGUGGAGGGGAAACCGAGUGGGUAUUGAAAGAUGAACAAAGGAGGAAAAUAAAGGAGCUGUCGCAACCCCUCCAAGAGAUUGCAAUUUCCCACCAGGAUAUGGAGAAGAGAGGGAGGAAAGCCUCUCUGCAUGCUCAACAUCUAUCAGUCUCUCGUGUGGGUAGGGCAAGGUCUCCACACAUGAGAAGUAAAUCAAUGUAG